AUGAAGGAAAAACGACACAGGUAUGAAGAAAGAAUGCAAGAGAACAGUGAAGAUUUUGCUUGCAUGGAGCCGCUGGGCAUGGAGUCGGGGGAAGUUUCCUCGGAGCAGAUCAGCGCCUCGUCCCAGUACAACCCCAACUGGUCCCCUGAACGCUCGCGCCUCAACUACCAGGAGAACGGCUGGACGCCCUCGGACGACACCGUCAGGGAGUGGAUCCAGGUGGACUUGGGAUUUCUCCGCUUCAUCACAGCCAUCGGGACGCAGGGAGCCAUCUCAAAAGAGACCAAGAAGCAUUACUUUGUCCGCUCAUACAAAGUGGACCUGAGCUCAAACGGAGAGGACUGGGUCACGGUGAAGGAAGGCUCCAAGCAGAAGAUCUUUGAGGGGAACCACAACGCGGUGGCCGAGGUUCAAGCUUUUCUUCCCAAACAGUCUCUGGCUCGCUACAUCCGCAUCCGCCCCAUGACCUGGGAGCAAGGCAUCUGCAUGCGCUUCGAGCUCUACGGCUGCAGAACAUCAGACUACCCAUGCUCGGGGAUGUUGGGGAUGGUGUCGGGUCAGAUCUCGGACGCCCAGAUCAGCGCCUCCUCCUACGCCGACCGCGGCUGGGUUGCUGAGAAUUCCCGCUUGUUGACUGGGAGGUCGGGCUGGACCGGGCAGCAAGUCAAGCAGCCCUUCAGGAACGAGUGGCUACAGGUGGAUCUGGGCCAGAACAAGAUGGUGAGCGGUGUUUUGAUCCAGGGAGGGAAGCACCGCGACAGGAACGUCUUCAUGAAGAGGUUUAAAGUGGGCGUCAGUCUGGACGGAGAAGAGUGGAAUAUUGUGAAAGAGGAAAACACCACCAGGCUAAAGAUAUUCGCUGGGAAUCAGAACCACGACACCCCAGAGCUGAGGUCCAUGGGUCCGUUCCUCACACGCUUUGUCAGGAUCUACCCGGAGAGGGCCACCACCGAGGGCCUGGGCCUGCGACUGGAGCUGCUGGGCUGCGAACUGGAAGGUUAG